AAUCUGUUUUAUGUUUUGUCGAGAAGGCUUGCACUGGAAAGUCCGCCCAUUAACACUCCGGCUACUGGGAGCGGCUCGGUCCGGAACACCUUCCUCCUCCUCCUCCUCCUCCUCCUUCAGUAAGUCCAGCAGCUCUCAUCAGUCCUCUACAGUUCACUUCAGUCCACAGACUGUGAUGUUCUUCCUCCGGACUUGUCUUCAGUCAUGAUUCGGCUUUCUUCGGCCGUGUUCGUGUUUCUGCUGUUUGCGCUCCAGGCGGUGGCUUUGGUCGGAGGCAACCCAGGAGACAAGCUCAUACGAAAAAGAAGACACUGGAUUACUCCACCAAUACAACUGACAGAAAACGUGAACUAUCAAGAUCGCAAAUCUGUUGCCAGGAUUCAUUCAGAUCUUGAUAAUGGCCAAGGGAAUGUUCUUUACUCCCUGAAAGGCAUCGGGGCAAGCCGACAUCCCUUCCAUGUGUUUGUAGUUGAUGCUAAUACUGGACUCAUACGUGUCACCAGGGUGCUUGACAGGGAGGACAUUAGCAUCUACAAUCUGACAGGGGUCGCUCAGUUCAGAAAUGGCACUGUGGCCGAGGACGACAUCGACAUCGUAUUCAAGAUUGUAGAUGAGAAUGACAAUGCACCGGUGUUUGUAGACAUGAAGCCUGGAGAGGUGGAGGAGCUCAGUCCUGUAGGGACUUCGGUUAUGCAAGUUCUUGCUACUGAUGCUGAUGAACCAGAGAAUAACAAUACUUUGAUAGCGUACAGCAUCAUAGACCAGAAGCCACCUGAUGACAUGUUCUACAUGCUCCAUAAUGGCUCCGUCUACGUCAAAAACGCUUCGCUGGACAGAGAGAAAACACAUCAGUACAUUCUGACAGUGAAAGGUCAGGACCAAAACGGUGAACCACAUGGCAAAACGGCAACCAGCACUGUGACCAUUAAUGUACGCGACGUGAACGACAAUCCUCCCACUCUGGAAAAAGACAAGUAUGUGGCAAGCAUUAAUGAGAACACACAAGGUGUGGAGGUUUUGAGAAUAAAAGCAGAGGACCUGGACCAGAACCACACCGGAAACUGGGACGCUGUUUUUGAAAUUGUUGAAGGCAAUGAUGACGGGCUCUUCAGCAUUAAAACAGAUCCCAACACCAACGAGGGCAUCCUAAUGCUUGACAAGCCUGUGGAUUAUGAGAAUGUGAAAGACCUUAACCUAGGGCUAAUUGUGAAGAACAAGAAUCCACUGGUUGGUGGACCUGGAGGUGGAGCAGGGGAUGGAGAUGGAGAUUGGGACGAAGAUGAGGAUGGAGAAGGAGGAGCAGGUGGAGGAGGUGGAGGAGGUGGGCCAGGGGGUGGUGGAGGAGCAGGUGGAGGAGGUGGAGGAGGUGGGCCAGGGGGUGGAGGAGGGAAGCCAGGGAGUGGAGGUGGGAAGCCAUCGAGUGGAGGAGGAGGAGGGAAGCCAGGUGGACCAGGUAAACCAACUGGUGCAGGAACUCGUCCUGGUAAAUCACCAAGUAGGAAAAAAUUUAAAACCUAUCCCAUCAAAAUUGACGUGAAGGACCUGCCUGAUCCACCGCGAUUUAGUCCCAAAGUCAAAGAUAUCCCCGUCUCAGAGGGAGGUGAGCCCAUCAGCCUGGACAACGUUGUUGCCACCUACCCUGCAAUCGAUGGAGACACUGGGAAACCGGCUCAGAACGUCAAGUAUGCCAAGGGCUCCGACCCUGACAACUGGAUAUCCAUCGACCCAGAAACUGCUGAGAUCAGAUUGAACAAGAUUCCUGACAGAGAGUCCCCAUCCCUGGUCAAUGGGACAUAUAUUGCUAAAAUACUUGCCAUUUCAGAAGACACACCAGCAAAAACAGCCACCGGCACCAUAGCCAUCCAGGUAGAAGAUGUUAAUGACAACUGUCCCGUCCUGACCAAUAACUUCCAGAACAUCUGUACCUCAGUGAAAGAGGUUAUUGUGACUGGCAUGGAUGAGGAUGGGGACCCUAAUGGAGCUCCUCUUGACUUUGCCAUUGUCCCAGAAAACACUCAGGGAAAAUGGCAAUUGGAGCAUCUGAAUGGCACUGCAGCCAUCCUGAGAGCUGAGGAGUCCGUGUGGCCCGGUCACUAUGAGGUGGAAUUUGUGGUGAAGGACCGGCAGGGAUUUGCUUGUCCUCAACCACAGAUACUGAAGAUCCAAGCUUGUGUCUGUGAGGAUGGAGUGACGUGUAGUCAACAAGAUGCCAGCAGUCAGACCAGCAAGGAAGUAAACUUAGGAUCUGCAGCCAUCGGAGUGCUGCUGCUGGGUCUGCUGCUCCUACUACUCAUCCCUUUGUUGAUGCUCUUCUGCCAGUGUGGGGACACUGCAGGCUUUCCAGACCUCUUUACAGAGAUGCCUUUUGACACCAAGACACGCCUCAUAAACUACCACACUGAGCACCUGGGAGAGAAACCGGAAGCAUCACUGCUGGACAUGCCUAAACACUUGAAAAGAGAUAUAAUCACCAUGGGUAUGGGCGCAGCUAAGAAGGCUGUUGCAAUAGCACCUUUGUCAGCUUUGGAUUUCCAUCAUUCAGUCACUUCUGUGAACGAGAUGAAUGGAGGCAUCUUCCAGGAAGAUUUUACAAGUGUUCACGGAGAAGGAAUGCAGUGGAUGAACCAGAUUGACGGCUUUGGCUUCUCCUCUGAGACUGAGGGAAGAGAAUCUCAUGGAGGUGAAGAAAUGUUUGACCUCAUGUCUCUACCAGACCACUUCCUGGACCAGUACUACAGUCAGGUGACCAGUAGAUAUGACGACUUUAAAGUAAAGGACAAUCUGAUGAUGUACGACGAUGAGGGCAAGGGCUCGUCUGCGGGCUCGGUGGGCUGCUGCAGCCUUCUGGAAUCUGACGAUGACUUACAGUUCCUCGACGACCUCGGGUUAAAAUUCAAGACCCUCGCUGAGUUGUGUGGAGGCCAGAAAAUCCCAGUUGAAGAAGUCAAAGAAGUGCGCUGUCCUCCACCCAGUUCCUCUAUUUCCAGCGCUCAGACCUCAGUAUCAAGCGUGGUAGUGACCCAACAGUUGCCCCCUCCGCCCAAGCUGCAGCCAACUACCCCCAAAGCAGAGCAGGCUGUAGUCAGGAAGACAACUGAGCAUUCUCAGUUGGUCAGGGAAAGCGCCCCCAUAGUGAGGGAAGAGAUGACUGCAGUAAGAACAGGGACGUUAAAUCAAAACCAGAUGCUCCUCCUACAGCAGCAGCAGCAGCAGCAACAGCAGCAGCAGCAGCCUGUCUACUACAACAGCAUUCCUAUGUUACAGCCGAUGCACUACGUCAUCCAGCCACAACUUCAGAACACACUACUGCUGGCUGAGGCACCAGCCGCCAACAUACAAGGAAUGGUGCUGGUUCAUAACGCCCAAUCUGGGCCUUCGCCAGGGGUAGUCAUUCAAGGGCAGGCAGUGAUGUCCAAUGGACAAGCGCCGGGCCCAGGCAUGGUACUGGUGGAGAACAGUGGCGUCCAUGGGAACUGUGCCAGUCUAAUCUCUGCUGGAAACUUCCCUGAUGUCAACGGUGGUGGUGCCAAGCUGAUCCACACCGGCAACUUCUCUGAUGUCAACGGUGGCGGUGCCAAGCUGAUCCACACCGGCAACUUCUCUGAUGUCAACGGUGGCGGUGCCAAGCUGAUCCACACCGGCAACUUCUCUGAUGUCAACGGUGGCGGUGCCAAGCUGAUCCACACCGGCAACUUCUCUGAUGUCUAUGGAAGCUGUGCUAACCUGAUCCACGCCAGCAAUUUGUCUGAUGUCAGCGGUGGCGGUGCUAAUCUGAUCCACACCGGCAAAUUCUCUAAUGUUAAGAGGAGCUGUCCUAACCUGGUCCAGGCUGCCACAUUCUCUGAUGUGUAUGGUGGCUGUGCCAAUCUGAUCCAAACCAGCAACUUCUUAGGCCCCCAGCCCAUGAUGCUUGUCGAAGGCAAGGUCCCUGCAGGAUCAAUGAAAAUGCGAAGGGGGAGCCAAACAUGCUUUGUUCAAGAAGGCACUGUACAGCCAGGAGGGAUUUCAGGAUCUCAGAAACUCCUGGAGAGAUUGAAGGUGGCGAAGGAGGCAGGACGUGUGUCCCAGAAGAGGUCUUCAGCUUCCAAAGUGUCUCCUGUUGCAAAGACUACUCGUUCAUUGUCUGUUGGAGCAACAACUAUGGUGUAGCUUUUGGCAAGACAACCUCUCAGAUAUGUCCAUUAUUCCAUGUCAGAAGUAGUGAAGCUACAUCGACAGUGUUGUGCUUUGUUUGGGUUAGGAAUAAGGACUAAAUGACUAGUUUCCAGUGUAUUAAUUAAUGCACUAAACUAAAAUCACAUCACUAUAUACCAGGCUAACAAGCUACAUUUAGCUUAAUCUGAAACUACAGACAAUCAGUUCUUUUGCAAAGUGCCUCAUUCUCCUGACAUGAAAGUUGUCACACAUUUCACUUUCAUUUAGAAGUGACCCAGGAAAGAGCCAGUUUACAGACCAAUCAGUUGUUUGAUCACUGUGUAAAUGCAUAAAUAAAGGAAUCUCGUUUAGCUGCUUUCACACAUGCUAGCAGUGUAAUGUGCAGAGUGCAUGCACAGUGGUUCAUGUCUUGUGACAAAACAUUUCACAAAACUGACCCCACACCUGGCAGCUCAACUUCCUCGCUUACUUCUUGCCGUACAUUAAUGGUCCUGUUGUGGUUGGAGUCAUGCUCCAUAUAUGCUAAACUAGAUGGUGAUAAACUAGCCUCUUCCUGGUGGCCGGGGCAAAGUUUCCAUCCAUUUCUAAAGAAAUGCAUUUCCUAGCGUUGUAAUGUAGUUUAGCUGACUUUAUUGAUUACCUCAUUUAAAUUAAGCACUUGCCUCAUUUCAGCAGAGUUUGAGGGUUCUGUUUCUGUUCUGCAGCUCUCUUCUGCAUCUCCUUUUCUGCUGCCUGUUCAACUCAGCUUCAUUUGUGUCUGUUUCCACACAGGUUUGUUCAGAUGUCUGUUUUACACUCUGGAGAGCAAAACCAGAGCUGUGUUUAGACAGACAUACAAACAGCAGAACAGACUCAGUGAAGGAGUGACAGGUCAAGUGAAGAUAAUGUUUAACGAGUUGAAAGCAACACGUUGCAGUCAUUUGUUGUAUAUUACAAUGCUUUGUGGGCUAAUUGCGGCUAGAUUAUUUUUUGUUGACGCUCAGCCUUUCUGGUUUCUGAUUGUAGAUGAAACCUAAAGGGAGGGGAAGAUGUUGUCAACAUGCUGUUAUGUUUUGGUCGGGGAUGCUGGUACUUUAAUGGCUUCAGUGGGUCUGAAUGUCAUGUUCAGCAGCUUUAAUAAGGGCUGGUGCAAUUUAUCACGGCUUGCUGCCUUUCUUUCUCUGUACAUGUUUGUAAGGGGUGGGGAUGCUAUGUGUUAUCCUGCCAAGCAACAAUUUAGUUUUAUUUGUAUCUGUUCACAUACUUUUGUAUGGUUAUAAUGUUUGCAAGAUUUAAACAAACCACAAUAUUUACUUCAUUUUGGGAUAGAAAGUUCUUUACCACUAUCAUUGUUUGUACGUUCAAUCUUGUGGCAGUUGAGCUCUUCACUGUUUUUCAGUAUAAAUAAAAUAGAUGGCAAUGUCUCAUUCA